GGAGCGGCCCAGACUCACGGGCUCCUGCCGUGUGUCGUGUGUCGGCGCCAGGGUCGCGGGCCGGGGCGGGCGGGCCGCCAGCAUGCGGGAGGUGAACCUGGACGAGCUGGACGCGCAGCAGGUGCAGCUGCUGGCCGAGAUGUGCAUCCUCAUCGAUGAGCACGACCGUCGGAUCGGGGCGGAGACCAAGCGCAACUGCCACCUGAACGAGAACAUAGACCGAGGGUUACUGCAUCGAGCCUUCAGCGUGUUUUUAUUCAACACAGAAAAUAAGCUCUUGCUGCAGCAGAGGUCGGAUGCCAAGAUCACCUUUCCAGGUUGUUUUACCAACACAUGUUGCAGUCAUCCAUUAAGUAAUCCACAAGAGCUUGAGGAAAGCGACGCGAUCGGAGUAAGACGAGCAGCACAGAGGCGUUUAGAGGCUGAAUUAGGAAUUCCCAUGGAAGAGGUUCCUCCAGAAGAAAUUAAUUAUCUAACACGAAUUCACUACAAGGCUCAGUCGGACGGCAUCUGGGGGGAACACGAAAUUGAUUACAUUCUGUUCGUGCGGAAGAACGUGACCUUGAAUCCAGAUCCCAAUGAGAUUAAGAGCUACUGUUACGUGACAAAGGAAGAGCUAAAAGAACUUCUGGAGAAGGCAGCCCGUGGUGAAAUUAAGAUAACUCCGUGGUUUCAGAUUAUCGCCGAUGCUUUUCUCUUUAAAUGGUGGGAUAACUUAAAUCAUUUGAAUCAGUUCGUCGACCAUGAGAAAAUACAUAGAAUGUGAAUGUGGAGAUGAGUGAUUAGUAAAAUACGGAAAAAUUUCUCCACUUAGUAAACUUAAUAUGAUUUUUUUUUUGAAUUCUUGGUUCCCCUUAAGAACUCAUCAUCUAAAAUAUUGGUAUUUUACAACGAGCAUUUGGAAAGUACAACCAACUUGUUCACUUUGUAUCACACGGCCCAUAAGUGUGGGUUGCUGUUUGUAAAAAACAUAUGUGGGAGAUUAUGGUAAAAAAAAAAGUGGGAGGAUUCACUUCAUUUAACCUGUCUAAUCACAUAGUCCAAACAAAUAAGUGAAGCUCUUGAUUUUUGAGAUGUCAUGAUAAACAUCGUCCGCACACUUUGCUCUUUGCCAAAUGCUUUAUAAAUCAUUACGUUUUUAUCAGUCUAGAAAAAUGUGCAGUGGGAACUGUUUGCUUAGCUACUCCAGAACAGUCCAAGCUAACUUUCCAUACGAGCCGAUUAAACUAGUAAAGCAGGUUCAAGAGAAAUUAAACGGUGUGUGUUGAUUUCUGUCAUUCUAAGUUGAUUCUGUGGUUUACUCAUUCGGGAAGUAUUUUGAUGCUGAAAGUCACACGUUGCUGUGGGUGACGAUGCUGCUCAGGUCCCUUCUAUUAGAGCCUCUGCCCCUUCGUGACGUGUGUUUUCGGAGCACGCCGGGCAGGCGGGCAGUCUGUAAAGUGGGAAUUGGCUUAAUUGAGGGAGUCCAGCACCGGAUUUCUUAAGCUGGACAGUUGGCGUGUGGGUGGUAGUCCUUUGUGGGCAGAGUUCACCCCGUGUGUUGUAGGAUGUGUAGCAACUCCCGAAUGCCACCUGCCAUUCACCCCUGUCGCCCGUGAGUCACAGUGACACCAGGUGCCAAGUGUCUCCUGGGGCACAGGCGCCCCCAGCUGAAAACCAGUGUUCUCCAAAGUCAGGCUGUAUUGUAGGGGGGAAAAUCCGCAGGAAGAUUAAUGUCCGUAUGAGAUUCGGGGUGUGGGGUGUGUAUUUAUUCGUAUUUAAAUUGUACCUCGGCGAAUGCAUUUUUUUAAAACUCUUGCCAUAGAUUUCUCGGACCUGAAAUCUUAUGACAGCUGUAUUAUCCUCGAAUGUUGUAUAAUAAACACUGGGAAGAUGAAAAAUUAUUUAACAGAGCUAAAUGUUUUGUGAAUUCAGUAGAAAAGCCCAUUUGUUAAGCCUGAAGAGUUGCUUAAAACUUCAGGCAAGACGAUGUGGCAAGUACUAAUUUUACUGAGAAGCAAAACCAAUAAAAGGAAUUACCACAUUUUAA